AUGGCGCAUUUGCCGCAGAUAGAUAACGCAUGGCUGCACAUGAAGCGCGACCGCAUAGUGGACUUUGGUGCGAUGGAUACUUGUCCUAAACUCGCUGACAUCAAAGGCAAAAAGAUAGAUUGCACGGGCAAAAUGGUGCUGCCGUGUUGGUGCGAUUCGCAUUCACAUAUCGUGUUUGCAGCGUAUCGCGAGGAGGAGUUCAUCUACAAAGUGAAGGGCAUGACCUACGAAGAGAUAGCCGCCAAAGGUGGUGGCAUACUCAACUCCGCCCGCCGGCUCGCUGAGGCCACCGAAGAGGAGCUUUUCCAAAGUGCAUGGAAGCGCCUACAAAGCAUGAUUAGGCUUGGUACCGGCGCGCUCGAAAUCAAGAGCGGCUACGGACUCACCACCGAAAGUGAACUCAAAAUGCUGCGCGUCAUCAAGCGGCUCAAGGCUGAAAGCCCUAUCCCAAUAAAGGCGACAUUCUUGGGUGCACACUCUCUUCCACCUGCUUACAAAAACGACCGCGCUGCGUAUAUCAGCCUGAUUAUCAAUGAGAUGAUGCCAGCCAUUGCCCGCGAUAACCUCGCCGACUAUUGCGAUGUAUUCUGCGAGAGAGGCUUCUUCACACCCGAAGAAACCGCCGAAAUAGUACAGGCAGGAGCCCGCCAUGGCAUGAAAGCCAAAAUACACGCCAAUCAACUCGAUUACUCCGGCGGCGUGCAGGUAGGUGUAGCCAAUGGCGCCAUUUCUGUGGAUCAUUUGGAGCAUUGCGGGGAAGGGGAGAUUGCUGCUCUCCAAGGCAGCAAUACCAUGCCGACGCUGUUGCCGUCGUGUGCCUUUUUCAUCAAUUUGCCGUUUCCGCCUGCGCGCGCGCUCAUGCAGGCGGGCUUGCCCGUCACGCUCGCCACGGACUACAACCCGGGCUCUACCCCAUCGGGCAAUAUGCAAUUUGUGGUUUCUCUCGCCUGUAUCAAGAUGAAAAUGUUGCCCGAAGAAGCCAUCAAUGCCGCUACCAUCAACGGUGCACGCGCUAUGGAAUUGGAGCACCUGGUGGGCAGCAUCGAGCCGGGCAAGCGCGCCAAUGUCAUCAUCACAAAGCCGAUACCUUCUUUGGCGUAUAUUCCUUAUGCUUUUGGGGAAGAUGUGGUGGAGGAGGUAGUGAUAAAUGGUAGGAUUUGGGGUAAAGCUCGGUAA